AUGGCCCACAACACGUCUCGGUCCGGGCUGAUUUGCCCUGAACCUUGCUGCGGGUCAACGUAUUCCACCAAGUCGAACCUCAAUAGACAUAUCAAAUCUAAGCAUGGCCCGAGGGUUUGGAUGGCCUGCCAGAAGGAAUUGCCAAAUCAGACUUGGAACGUCAAGCGGCACAUGCGGACUUGCGAUGAAUGCAAGAAACACGAGAAUCCUCAAGUCACGUCGAGUCCGUCCGUCCAGUCAGAGAGCAACAACAGCGCCAUCCUCCCAAUGCUGAACGAUGUUCCUCAGGACGCUCUAGUCAUGAACCAAUUCGAUGAUAUCGCUGAAGAUCAAGAUCUCUACGACUUGUUCCAAUGGAACCCGGAAGACUUCAAUUAUCCCCAGAGUCGCGAGGACAAGGCCUGA